AACCCCGGGUUAUUGAGGGGUUAGGGUUUUUUACCAACUCCCAUAACCGCGGAGGUUCCUGCGUACCCUUCUGUCACUCCCCAUCGCUCUGUUUUCUCCAAAACCGUCUUCUUCUUGACCGAACCCUCGCAAUACAGACGCAACGAUCGGAUCGCGUCUUACAGUGACUCCGAAUUCCCAUUUUUCUCCUCCUUCCGCUCCUCUCCUACCAGAAACUGUUGCCAAAGAUUCUAAAACCCUAGACGACGACAGAGAAGCGACGUUAUCACGACAGCAGCUCGCUGGAGAGGCAUCGACGAGACCAGCGGCGUGAAGAAGAAAGAGACGUUUUUUUCCGACUUACGGGCUAAAGUUUAAUCCGUGCAACUCUCGGAUUUGCUAAAUCCAGAAUGCAAGACAAACUAGAGCAAUCAUUUGCAAUUAAGAUGGAAACAGAGGCUGUGAAUGAAGACGAUAAGCAGAGGCCACUUUUUAGAGAUAUCAGAAGAUAUUACUGCGAGUAUUGCGGAAUUUGUAGAUCCAAGAAAUCUCUUCUAAGAUCUCACAUCCUUUCGCACCAUAAGGAUGUAUUUCAAACUGUAAAAAUUGAUGAAAUCAGUGCAUUUAAGGCAGCAAAUCAGAAGGUGCGACAUACUUGUGAGGAGUGUGGCGCAAGUUUCUGGAAACCAGCUCAUCUAGUGCAGCAUAUGAGAAGUCACUCGGUUGAGCGACCAUUUGCUUGUCCAGUGGAGGAUUGCUAUUUUAUCUACCGACGUAAGGAUCAUUUAAAUCGACAUUUACUCAAACACCAGGGCAAAGUCUUUAAUUGCCCUGUCGAAAAGUGUAAUCGCACAUUCACCUUCCAAGGAAAUAUGACGAGGCACGUGAACGAACAUCAUGUUGAUGAAUUGCCGUGUGAAGGCAAAAAGCAGCAUGUUUGUGAGGAACCUGGAUGUGGAAAGAUAUUUAUGUUUGCAUCUAAAUUAAAGAAGCAUGAAGAUUCCCACUUGAAAGUGGAAUCAUUGGAAAUUUAUUGUGGAGAACCUCAAUGCAUGAAGCCUUUCACAAAUUCUGAGUGCCUGAAGGCCCAUAUUCAGUCUUGUCACAGAUACGUUAAAUGUGAGAAAUGUGGAACCCAACAAUUGAGGAAAAAUUUUAAGCGGCAUCAAAGGUUGCAUGAAGGUGUAGUUUCAGAGGAAAGAAUCAAAUGCAGUUUUCAGGGAUGCGAACAAACAUAUUCAAAAAAAUCAAACCUCAAUAAGCAUGUUAAAGCUGUUCAUGAAAAACUGAGGCCAUUUAGAUGUCGAACAUCUGGAUGUCAGCAAACUUUCCCUUACAAGCAUGUUAGAGAUAAUCAUGAGAAGACUCAUGUUUACGAGCAGGGUGAUUUCCUGGAAGCUGAUGAACGGUGGAGGUCAAGGCCGAGAGGGGGGCGGAAAAGGGAGCGAGUAACCAUUGAGGCGUUGACGAGGAAAAGAGUUGUUCCGGUUGACUGUUCGUCCAUCAUGGAAAAUGGGGAUGAGUACUUGAGAUGGUUACUUGCUGAUGACAACGAAUAGGAUUGCAUGCUCCUAGUUUUGGGGAAAUUAUUACGUCCGGUGUCCUCACGUCCGGACACCGUCGACAAUCCGUCCACAGGAAAUGCAUGGUGACAUGGUCAGAUCGUCGCUGCUGUUUGGACGUGCGGUUCACCGGACUUCAUAAGUUUCCCUAGUUUAGACAGGAUUUAGCAUUUAUGUAUAUAAAAUUUGCAUCUUUUUUUUUUUUUUUUAAUUGUAUCAAGUGCAAAGCUGCUGCUACUACAAUUUCGAUAUUUAGGGUUUGGAAUGCUGGCAAAAUCGUUUGUAAAGAAAUGAAUACUAUUGGGUAUAUUUUGUGUCAAAGAUGCAUGCAACAAGCAUUUAGAUGUUGAUUAUUGAUGUACGAUUUAUUACUUGUGCAAGAAAGUUAAUUAAAG